AUGUCCAAUACUCAGAACCGGAUACACUUUUCUAAACGGGUCGAUGAGGAGUGGCUGACAACAUGCAAGAACGAAGAAGGAGAAGAGUGUGGUGUACCAGCCAUUGCUUGGAUCCCGAUACCUAAAAAAAAUAGCCCUAGUUUCCUUGACAAAAUAGAAGUUUACCCCGCGAAUUAUAACCUUGAGAAUAUGAGAAAGUACCUAGCAAUACCAUUAAUAAAGUACAGUUGGCAAAGGGUAUCUGUCUACGAAUAUAAUAAAACCUAUGAUUGUUACCAAGUCGUACCAGUAUCACUUGAACAUGGACCUUAUUAUGUAGAAAGGUAA